CACCCUCCUCUGUUGUUGGGUCGUAGCCAUUGUUUUCGCUCUGGAGUCUCUCUACCUUCUCUCUCUGCGAGAGAAGAAACAAGAAAAACCAGGGAAUCCCCGUCUUCAUUUGCCAUAAUUGAAACUUGUUUUGUUCCGUUUUAUACCGGCUCUCAAUUCUGCCCUAGAUUUUACCCAAACCCUAAAUUCAACCCUCUGGUCCCCGGUUCAGUGAAUCUUCCUGUGAAAAUGUUAUUUAUCGCUUGCUUGAGUUUCUCCGAUCGAACCGUUUAAUCUCCGAAAGCGCAAUUAGCCUAAUCCUCAUCAAGCUUAUCAAAAUUGCUGAUAUGGCGUUACGUGUUACCGUCUCCUUCUCCGGCUAUGUUGCCCAAAACCUAGCCCAUUCCGCUUGCAUUCGGCUUGGCUCCUCCACCGCCGCCGCCACUCGAUCCUUCCAUGAGUGUGUGUUUCGCCCUCGGAUCUUCUGUCACAACCAAAAACCUGAUCUGGAUCCUCCCCCGAAUCGUCAUCUCAAAACAAACCAUAGAGCUUCAGUUUAUAAUACAAUCGCUGCUGAAUUUUUGGGAAACAAUUGUUCUACCAGUCCGAUACUCAUGGGACUGGUGUCGUUGAUGAAGUCAACGGCGUGUAUUUCCGGUUCUUCCGCAACAACGAUGGGUGUUUUCGGUAUUUCACCAGUCAAAGCCACUUCAAUUAUCCCCUUCCUCCAGGGAUCGAAGUGGCUGCCGUGUAAUGCACCGGCUCCAGAGAGUGAAUACGUAGAUCAUGGAGGAUCUAAUAAAAUAAGUUAUCAUGAUAGUGGAAAUGAUGAUGGUGUUAGAUUGCAAUUCAAAACCAAGGAUUUUGAUAAGACCGGAAGUUGGUUAUCAAAGUUGCUGAAUAUUUGUUCGGAGGAUGUCAAGGCGGCUUUUACAGCUGUUACCGUUACUCUGUUAUUCAGGUCGUUUUUAGCUGAGCCCAGAUCGAUACCUUCCUCUUCUAUGUGCCCAACUCUGGAUGUUGGUGACCGCAUUUUAGCUGAGAAGGUCUCAUACUUUUUUAGAAAGCCUGAGGUAUCAGAUAUUGUAAUUUUCAAGGCACCUCCAAUCCUGCAGGAAAUUGGUUACAGUUCUGGCGAUGUAUUCAUAAAAAGAAUAGUGGCGAAGGCUGGAGACUGUGUAGAAGUUCGUGAUGGACAAUUGCUUGUAAAUGGUGUUGCUCAAGAUGAAGAUUUUAUUUUGGAGCCGCUUGCUUAUGAAAUGGACCCAAUGGUUGUGCCCGAAGGCUAUGUUUUUGUGCUGGGUGACAAUCGAAACAACAGUUUUGAUUCUCAUAACUGGGGUCCGCUUCCAGUUGAAAACAUUGUUGGCAGAUCAGUAUUUCGGUAUUGGCCACCUUCCAGAGUGUCUGAAACCAUAAAUGAUGACAGUGCAAAUGUGACUGCUGUGGCAGUCUCAUGACAUAACUGCUUCCUGUUUCUAGAGAAGAUAUUAUAUAACUAUUUUUUUCACCGGGAUGACAGUUUCUAUAAUUAUAUUGUCAUAUACGAGUAACCCUUAAUAUUUUCCUUUUUGAAUCAUUUUCUGUCUUGGAAAUAGUUUCAAUGGAACAUCUGUUAAAUCCUUGUGUAAUUCUGUUGAUGGCCCGACCAUGGCCGAUGACACAUUCUUUUUGUAAUCACAUAAUCAGACUUGCUUCGACAAGCCAAAAAAAAAAAAAAAAAAGACAUUUAACAUCUGUUGUUUUGUACAAUUUCAUAAUUUGCAGCAAUCAACAUGUCUCCUUCCUACUUGUUCUUCCAUGAGUGAAGAUCUGCUGCCGGAAUCAAGACUAAACGCCGUUGGAAUCUCUCUCCAGUCGCCAGAAUCUGCCCUCUGCAACGUUCUAUCUCUCUUUUAGCAAAUUUGAACAAGAACUAUUGUAUAAUUAUGGGAUAUGAUAUCCGAAAUUGUGAUAAUGUCUUAUUUAAAGCACGGGCAUGCACGCAUUAUCGUGCGCCACUUCAAGUUUUUAUAAGAGUGUGUAUCUUUUAUGUACAAUUGUUGAUCGAUUUAAAAACUCGAUUUUUAUACUUCAUUGAUAUAAAAGGAGAUUAUGUUUGUAGCUCGCA